CGUUGCAUUUCUCACAUACAAUACACAUUGCAUGCACGAUUGCAAUCGCUACCUGUGAAAGUUGGACUAGGCCUUCACUAAUUUUACCGGUUUUCCCUAGCAGUGUGACAGCGUCAAGAUGCCUCCCAAGAAGAAGUCCGGUGAAGCUAAGCCUCUGCCUCUCAUUGGUCGAGUAGGGACCUCACUGAAGUGUGGCAUCGUGGGAUUGCCAAAUGUUGGAAAGUCAACAUUCUUCAAUGUUCUGACCAAAAGUCAGGCAGCUGCGGAAAACUUCCCAUUCUGUACCAUAGAUCCUAAUGAAAGUAGGGUGCCUGUUCCGGAUGAAAGAUUUGAUUUUUUAUGUGACUUCUUCAAGCCGUUAAGUAAAGUACCGGCCUUUCUUCAUGUGACGGACAUUGCUGGUUUAGUGAAGGGAGCCAAUGAGGGGCAGGGACUGGGUAACGCCUUCUUAUCUCACAUCAGCGCAUGUGACGCAUUGUUUCAUCUCUCAAGAGCAUUUGAAGAUGAUGACGUGACCCACAUAGAGGGUGAUGUUAAUCCAGUUAGGGACCUGGCAAUCAUCUUUGAGGAGCUCCGUCUUAAGGAUGAGAGCAUCUUGGAGCAGAGGGUCAGUGACCUGGAGAAGAAAGCAGUCAGGGGAAACGACAAGAAACUCAAGCCAGAAUUUGAGGCACUUGCCAAGGUGCAAAAGCAUGUGAAAGAGGACAAGAGGCCCGUCCGACAGAUUGAGUGGAAUGGAGCAGAGAUUGAGAUUCUGAACAAACAUCUACUAUUCACGGCCAAACCCAUGAUGUACUUGGUGAAUCUGUCUGAGAGGGACUAUAUACGCAAAAAGAACAAGUGGUUAUUGAAGAUUAAAGAAUGGGUUGAUGAGAAUGAUCCAGGCGCAACAAUUAUCCCCUUCAGCGCCGCCUUUGAGCAGAAGAUCUUUGAGAUGGAGGAGGCGGAGAGAAAGGCAUAUCUGGAAGAGCACAAAAUCACAAGUGCCCUUGAUAAGAUCAUCACGACAGGUUACAAGGCGCUGCAACUCAUGUACUUCUUCACAUCCGGCAAGGAUGAAGUCCGGGCAUGGACAAUCCAGAAAGGUACUAAGGCCCCCCAAGCUGCUGGGAAAAUCCACACAGAUUUUGAGAAAGGUUUCAUCAUGGCUGACGUCAUGAAGUACGACGACUUCAAGGAACUGGGCUCAGAAAAUGAAGUGAAAUCUGCCGGGAAGUACCGACAGCAGGGCAGGAAUUACACUGUUGAAGAUGGCGACAUCAUCCAUUUCAAGUUCAACGCAGGGGCUGGAUUGAGUGAGAAAAAGAAGUAGACAAACACCAAUGCAGCAGCUGUACAAUAAAAGAAUUUGCCUUUUUAGUUAUUUCUUUUCAAACAGUGCCAUUGUAAAUAAAAUCAAACAAAUCAAAGACAAUUUGAAAACAGGGGAAGCUGUGUUUGACAAUUGAAAAGUGCUUUUGGGUUUUGGUCAAUGCAGAAGUAUGCUGCAAUGUGAUUUUUACGUGAGCGCUAUACUAUAUCACUGUACAAAACGGAUGUCCUCUGUUCAAAGGUAUUUUCUUUUCAGGUUGAUUUAAUGGGGAACUUACCAGUGAAGCAAUGUUAGUUUAUUCUUUAAAAUGGCAGUAUAUCAUAAGUACAUGUUUGUACAUUAUUAAUUUGCAGUUCUGCUUAAAAUAUGCACAAAGUGUAAGGUGCAGCUUUCAAAUGGAGUUGUUAAAGGGAAUAUACAACAUUUGCAAACAUCGAAAAAUAAAACUACCUAGUUUUUACGAAAUACCUUACUAGGAUGUUGGUAAAUGACAGUCUAAA